CGCAACGCUAAUGAAGUGCAAAAAAAAACCUAAAAUUAGUGUAUAAAAACGAAAAUCGCGUAUAUUUCUAAAUCGUUUUUGCAAUAUAGUAUGUAUAGUACGCAAGUUCAUCUAAGUACUGGGUGUGUGCGGUAAACACACAUCAAUAAGAGUGCGAUUUCGCGUCCCUUUCACCACCCUUCUCCUGCUUCCUCUUCUAUAACUGUGUCAAAUCAGCAACAACAAUAAAAUAUAGAACAGCUCUAGAGCUGAAGCGCGCGUGUGUAUAUGUGCGUGUGUGUGAAAUGCACAAAUUGAUAAGCAAUUUGAUUUAAUUUAAUCUAGUUUAAAUCAGAUGAAAAUCAGCGCAAACCCAACACGAAGUUAUAAAUAAAAAAUUACUAAUCCAUAUAAAUAGAAUACCCUUGAGUGGUUUGGUUAGUCGCAGCCAAUUAAUUCAACACAUAUUUUGGUUCCGCAUUUUUGAAAAUAUAACGAAGUUCUGCCCAACAAGAGCAGCCAAAAAAAGCGGUUUUGUUUGUUUUUCAAGCUCAACGAAAAAAAGAAGAAAAGAAAUUCGCUCUCAAUCAGCUGUUCAAAGCAGCCGCCUUAGUGCGAGUGAGAUAGCUGUCUGCGCGCCAAAAUAAAACAACAACACCAAAAGUGGCACAGUGGUUCAAAACCUAGCUAAAGUUAAUAAAUCUAUUUCUUUUAGUAGCAAAAAAUAUAAAAUAAAGGAAAAUUAAGCGAAUUAUACAUACAUACAGAUUUGUUAAGUUUUUUAAAUCGUUUACUUUUAAUACGCGUGUGUCCAGAUAAGUGAAGUAUUUAGAAUAAAGUGAAUAAUGAGUGACGAAACGAGCGAUUCGGGUGGGGCAAGUGCCCCUCUUCCAUCGCCAGUGUCUGCGGACCCGGAACAGGGAGCCACUGCCUCCAAAUUACCGGGUCCCAUCAGAUCCAAUAUUCCCACGCCCGCUGCUUCUGCCACUGGAAUCCCGCAGCCCAGCAAAAUGAAGGCACCAUCUAGUUUUGGAUCGACGGGUUCCGUUUCCAAAAUCGGAAGACCGUGCUGCAAUCACACUACUCCCAAAUCCGGUCCACCACCAAGAGAAACCGCCAGCAUGAGUCGUGAAAGCGAUGACAAUUUAAGUUCGAUCAAUUCGGCUUAUACAGAUCACAACAGCGCCGUGCUGACAGCAAACACAGAGCAGUUCAUCAUCGGCCAGCGGGUUUGGCUGGGUGGCCUUCGUCCCGGACAGAUUGCCUACAUUGGAGAGACACACUUUGCACCCGGCGAAUGGGCGGGUGUCGUUCUGGACGACCCUAAUGGUAAAAACGAUGGCUGUGUGUCGGGCAAAAGGUACUUCCAGUGCGAGCCAAAACGAGGCAUUUUCUCACGCCUCACUCGUCUUACCACAUAUCCCAUGUCCGGAGCCCAGACGCCGACCUCUCCAUUGGCCAAAAACUCGCCGGACAGAUCGCGCACGGUUUCCCCUACUGCGAGUAUUCGCAGCUCUAUGCUUCGCAGUCCCGGCAUUGGAGGCAAAAAUGGAAUGGCUGUGGGUGAUCGUGUGAUUGUCUCGUCUGGAUUUGGCAGUCGUCCUGGUAUCUUACGCUAUUUGGGAGAGACACAGUUUGCUCCCGGCAACUGGUGCGGUGUGGAAUUGGAUGAGCCCAGCGGCAAAAACGAUGGAGCUGUGGAUGAUAUAAGAUACUUUGAGUGCAAGUCCAAGUACGGGGUGUUUGUACCUAUAGCGAAGGUGUCGCUGUCGCCGUCGUCCAAGAAAACGCGACUUUCGAGGACCGGAUCUAGGGAGUCGCUCACCUCGAUUGGCACCAUGAACAGCAUCGCCACCACGGCCACGUCGCGCAUGCGCAUGAAUGCUCAGCAGCGCAAGUCGAGCACGCCCGUUAAGCCAAUUUUAGCGACGCCGAAAAGCCAAUUUUCCAUGCAGGAUCUGCUGCGCGAGAAGCAACAACAUGUGGAGCAGCUGAUGGUGGAGCGCGACCUGGACCGCGAGGAUGCCCAGAACCAGGCGCUGCAGCUACAGAAGAGCAUCAACGAGGUAAUUAUCUUCACCGAUACCAUGUACGCUCCGCUGCCCUAUGCGGACAGAUCGCGACCCUAUCGACCCGCCAAGAAGUCGAGGGUUAAGGUUCCACAGCAACAACACGUCUGGGUGCCCACCACCCUGAGCAGCAGCAUUACCACCAGUACUAGACCAACCAUAUCAGCAGCCGCAUGCAACAGACAGCCUCUGCAGCAGCAGCAACAGAUAUUGCAGCAGCAGCCACAGCCACAUCUGCAGCAGCAGCAGGCCAAGCCAAAGAAAGUUUGGUUUUGCGAUAAAAAGAAACUCUUUCCACUGAAAGCAAGAAUCGUUGAAUUGGAGUCGGCACUGGGCGAUGAACGAAAGAAAACUGAAGAGUUGCAGUUCUCCAUAGACGAAGCCCAGUUUUGUGGCGAUGAAAUGAAUGCUCAGUCCCAGGUCUACAAGGAAAAGAUCCAUGAUCUGGAGUCGAAAAUCACACAACUGGUGUCAGCCACGCCAAGUCUACAAAGUAUACCACCCCCCGCUCCGCCCUCAGAUGAUAGCGCGUUGAAGGAGGAAAUCGUCCAGCUGCAGGAAAAGAUGAGCAUUCAGCAGAAGGAGAUUGAAUCGCGGAUUGCGGAACAACUGGAGGAGGAGCAGCGAUUGAGGGAAAAUGUGAAGUACCUACAGGAACAGAACGCCACUCUUCAGACGGAGUUGGUGUCCAAAGAUGAGGCCCUGGAGAAGUUCUCCCUCUCGGAGUGUGGUAUCGAGAAUCUCCGGAGGGAACUGGCACUGCUCAAGGAGGAAAAUGAAAAGCAAGCUGCGGAGGCUCAGGCUGAUUUCACCCGAAAACUAGCCGAGAAAUCCGAAGAGGUAAAAAGAGUCACCUCUGAAUUGCAGAGCUUGAAAGCAGCAUCCGAUUCCCUGGAAAGCGAAAGGGUUAACAAAACCGAUGAAUGCGAAAUUCUUCAAACCGAAGUCCGAAUGCGGGACGAGCAAAUCAAAGAGCUAGCCCAACAACUUGAUGAGGUUACCACACAACUCAAUGUACAAAAAGCGGAUAGUUCCGCUCUGGAUGAUAUGCUUCGGUUGCAAAAGGAGGGCACUGAAGAAAAGUCGACUCUUUUAGAGAAAACCGAAAAGGAGCUAGUCCAAAUCAAAGAAGAAGCUUCGAAGAACCAACAGGAAAAAGAACAACUUGAAAAACAGUUAUCAGAUUUAAAGCAAUUGGCAGAACAGGAAAAACUAGUCAGGGAAAAGACUGAAACUGAAGUCAAUCAAAUAGCAUUAGAAAAAAAAUCCGUAGAACAGCAAUUGGCUUUAAAACAAAAGGAACUUGAGGACUUCCAAAACAAACAGUCAGAAACAGAAGUUUGUCUUCAGGAAAUCAAAGAUAUUAAUACCCAGAAGGACUUAGAAUUAGUUGAAUCUGGUGAGUCCCUUAAAAAACUGCAACAGCAAUUAGAGGAGAAAACGCAAGCCCAUGAAAAACUGCACGCUGAUUGGGAAGAGCUAAAGAAAAAUCAAGAGACGAUCAUAAAGCAAAAGGAACAGGAGCUUCAGCAACUCGAAAGCAAGUCAGCUGAAUCCGAAGGUUCUUUAAAGGCCGUACAAGCUCAACUAGAGCAACUUCAGAAACAGGCCACCGCAUCUGGAGAAGAGGGAUCCAAAACUGUAGCCAAAUUGCACGAUGAGAUCAGCCAGCUUAAGUCCCAGGCUGAAGAAACUCAGUCUGAUUUAAGAUCUACGCACUCGAACUUGGAAGCUAAAACCAAGGAAUUGGAGUCUGCAAAUGGCAGCCUAGAAGAGGAAGCCAAGAAGUCAGCCGGUCUGCAGGAACAGAUCAUCAAACUUAAAUCUGAAGUGGAGGAGUCGCAGGCAGCACUCAGCUCAAGUCAAACGGAUGUGGAAUCCAAAACUAAGCAACUUGAGGCCGCAAAUGCGGCUUUGGAAAAGGUCAACAAGGACUACGCGGAAUCCCGAGCGGAGGCUUCUCAUCUGCAAGAUCAGGUGAAGGAAAUCACCGAUACGCUACAUGCUGAGCUCCAAGCUGAACGUUCGUCCUCCAGCGCUCUCCACACUAAGCUGUCCAAGUUCUCGGAUGAGUUAGCUACCGGUCAAAAGGAACUGACGAGCAAAGCCGAUGCUUGGAGCCAGGAGAUGCUGCAAAAGGAGAAAGAACUGCAGGAGCUGCGACAGCAACUUCAAGAUAGUCAAGACUCGCAAACAAAACUGAAAGCAGAGGGAGAACGGAAAGAAAAGGCUUUCGAAGAAUCAACUAAGAAUCUUCAGGAAGAAGUCACUAGGGCCAAGAUGGAGAAUCAAGAGUUAAGCACUGGCACACAGGUGACCAUAAAAGACCUGCAGGAGCGUUUGGAAAUCAACAAUGCGGAGCUCCAGCACAAGGAAAAAAUGGCUACCGAAGAUGCACAAAAGAUUGCCGACCUUAAGACCCUUGUGGAAGCCAUCCAGGUGGCUAAUGCCAAUAUAUCAGCUACCAAUGCGGAGCUCUCCACUGUAUUGGAGGUUCUUCAGGCGGAGAAAAGCGAAACGAAUCACAUAUUCGAGCUCUUUGAAAUGGAAGCUGAUAUGAAUUCAGAGCGGCUGAUCGAAAAAGUUACUGGGAUGAAGGAGGAACUAAAGGAAACCCAUCAGCAACUGGAUGAGCGACAGAAGUCGUUCGAGGAGCUGGAAGAGAAAUUCAAGCAAGCUCAGCAAAGUGAACAACAUUUGCAACAGGAGUCUCUGACUUCCAAGGAGCAACUUACGGAAUUACGACAGUCUGUGCAAGAACUUCAAGAUUCGGUAAAGCAUAAGGAAGAACUCGUCCAGAACCUGGAAGAAAAGCUUAGGGACACCAGUUCCAUCAUAGAAGGCCAAACCACUUCCUCUCAGGAAGUACAAGUAAAGCUAGAAGAAGCUCAAAGGAAUGAAAAGGUGCUACAUGAAGAGGGUGCCAAAUUGAACGACCAACUGCAGCAGCUGCAAAAGACCCAUGUCGAACUGUCUGAAUCCCUUAAGGAAAAAGAAGAACUUGUACAGAGCCUAGAGACAAAAUUAAAAGAAAGCAGUGUUCAGUUGGAGAGCCAAACGUCUUGCUCAAAGGAAACCCAAGAUAAGUUGCUUGAGUCACAGAAGAAGGAAAAAAACUUGGAGGAAGAAGCUGCUAAAUUAUCCGGUGAGCUGCAGCAAGUACAAGACGCCAAUGGAGAAAUAAAGGAUUCGCUAGUAAAAGUGGAGGAACUAGUUAAGGUGUUGGAGGAUAAACUCCAAGCAGCCACCUCCCAGUUGGAGUCCCAGCAAGCGGAAAAUAGGAAACUCCAGGAGUUACUGGUGAAAUCUCAAGAGAAAGAGGGAGAUUUACAAGGAGAAUCUCUGGCAGUCACAGAGAAACUACAUCAACUGGAGCAAGCAAAUGGGGAGCUUCAGGAGUCUCUAGGUAAAAAAGAGAAUAGUCUUAAGGAACUUGAGGAGAAACUUCAAGAAAGCGGUGCUUUAUUGCAAAGUCAACUGAAAAGCCACAACGAACUUCAGGAUAAGUUAGAAGUGGCCCAGCAAAAGGAGAGGCUUCUUCAAGAGGAAACAUCCAAGUUGGCGGAGCAACUGAGCCAAUUAAAGGAGGCUAAUGAGGAGCUCCAGAAAUCUCUUCAACAAAAGCAGUCACUUUUAGAAAAGGGUAAUGAAUUCGACACCCAGCUGGCAGAGUAUCAGAAAGUCAUCGACGAAAUGGAUGAUGCGUCCUCCGUGAAAGCCAAGCUGCUGGAACAGCUUCAAAGUAGAGUUGUGGAACUGGAGGCCGCACUUCAUCAAGCCAACGAGUCCCAAAAGACUGCUUAUCUGGAGACUAAGGAACUGAGGCGCAAGCUAGAAUCGCUGGAACUGGAGAAGUCCAGGGAGAUUUUGAGCCUUAAGUCUCAGAUGAAUGGAGCGAGCAGUCGGUCCGGAAAGGGAGAUGAACUGGAGUCGCUGGACACCGAAACCAGUCUUGCCAAAAUCAACUUCCUGAACUCAAUUAUUGCUGACAUGCAGCAGAAAAAUGAUGCACUCAAGGCAAAGGUGCAGACCCUUGAAACCUUGCCAAUGGAUUUCACCAAACCUCAUGCCUUCGAUGUCCUGACCAAGCGCAAGCCGGCUCCCAGACUUUUCUGCGACAUCUGCGAUGAGUUUGACCAGCACGAGACGGAGGACUGUCCAAUCCAGGCUAGCGAGGAUCGGGACUUAUCCCCACCGCCUUCCGAGUCCAAUAACAACGAGAAGGAACGGAAGCUGCCUGCACCCAGGAAAUACUGUGAUUCCUGCGAGGUUUUUGGCCACGAUACGAGCGAAUGUGCCGAUGAUGAAACCUAUUAGCUCUAGUUAAAUUCUAAAUUAUUAUUUCCAUUUUACUUUGUUUUAGACUCUAUAGCAUAACCAUAUUGCGAGAUCCAUCAGAUGAGAUAACUUUUACCUCAGCAGCGCUUCACUCAAUCACACAAAGAACAUUCUCUAUUUCAAAUUGUGAUCUUGCGUUAUGCACAUAUUCAUGGAUAGUAGUCUAUUUUAAAUUGUUUUAUUUAUUGAAUGCGAUUCGUGGCAAACACA